CUCUCUCUCUCUCUCUCUCUGCAGCGCACACCCUUCUGAAAGCAGCAGUGGGCGGUCAUCUCACGAGCAGCUCAGCUCAGUUCAGCUUCAUGAGAGGAAUGUGAGGUGCACUGAAGUUGAGGGGUCAGGUUGGGGUGUCAGCAUCAUCGUUGGCUUCUGGAUCGGCGUGACGUGCAGCAUGGCAGAGGCGGGUGAGAACAGAGAUGUGAAAGAGCGCUGCCCUCAGGUGUUUGUGGUGGACAGUAAGGCGCUGGGCGUUCCGGCCGCCGUGAAGCUGGAUGGCCAUCAUCUCUCUCUCAUCUACCUGCUGCUGGGUGUGGCACUGCUGGGCGUCUUUAUAGAGGCCGGACUCAUCUAUCAUCUCUACAACAGACUCACGGCACCAUCAGAUAGGCCCAUUCAUAACGUGGAAUAUAUGAAAGCAGAGAAUAACUCAUUUCUGAAUAAACCACACGAGCAUAAUGAAAUUUUACCCGAAAAACUCCCUGAAGAUGUGCGCAAACCUGCAGCGUUUCUACAAAAAGAACACGGGGCGUUGCGCUGGACACGAAACAUUUUCCCUACGUUCGUGACCGGUUUGCAACUCAUGAACAACAGUCUGUACAUUCAAGAGGACGGAUGUUAUUACAUCUUCUCCAAAAUGUCCUUCCUGGAGAACUGCAGUUUGGUGAAGCAUCAGGUCAUGUACAUCACAGGGAGAUACUCCGGCACCAUAGAGCUGAUGAAGAGUUCCAGAUAUCUUUGCAACAACCACAAAGACCAGUCGAUGCCAGAACGUGGCAACAGUUACCUGGGUGGAAUCUUCAACCUCGUAAAAGGUGACAGCGUGUUUGUUCAGGUCAAUAACCUCUCACUGGUGUACGGAGAAGCAUCUGAGAACUUUUUUGGUGCCUUCAAGAUCCACUGACGUCCAUACUCCUGCACACGCACGCACACUCUUUACUCUUUGUUCUCUUUACUCUCAGAUUCUCAGUUUGAAAUAUUUUUAGAUGCUAAUAUACAGUAUUUACACAUCCUGUGCUGUGUUUAUCAUUUCUAGGCGUUUGUUUUCUGUUGGGGAGCACAUCCUUCAAUUCUGGGUUUGGCGCUCAAGACAAUGUUGUGUUAAUAUAAAAUAUAAGAACAUUUCUCAUGUUUCACGUUUUUAUUACAUGUACUCUGUUUAGACUGAUGAUGUCGUGUUAGGUCAUAUUUAAAAUCUUAAGUAUGUGGUUACGGCCCAGCUAACACAUUUACGUUGUGACGACCUGGACCGGACCAUAUUCCUUGCCACGACCUACCAAAUAACGUUCCAGCGACGUAACUUUGUGAUUCCCAUAUUCGUAGUGACCAUGUAACAUUGGACGUUGCUGGGACGUGGUGAUUACCUCCUGAAGACGUAAAUGGAACGGACCAUUUUUCGUCGCAGCAACGUACCAAAUAACGUUUCUGGGACGUAACCAGUACGUCCCAACGACCAAACAGGUUGUUAAAAUCGUGUUUGUAAUUUAUUUAUACCCCUCUUUUACUAAAAUAUGUGUUUACUCUCACCUCACAUUUGUAAGGUAUAAAGUAAAGAAAGAAUAUUAAUAAACCGCUAAAAUAAUGUAUCAUGCAGUGAAGUAAAACGAAAUGACCGUUAAUGUUUAAAUGAUCUGAGCGAAACACAGUUUUAAUUGUUGUAUCUUAUUAAACUCUAGUUUAAUAGCUGUGAAAAGUUGGAUUAAUAGCAUUCGUUUUGACAACAUAACAGAUUUUACUCUGAUCAUAAAUUUCCAUAUAAUAACAUAAUAAAUAGAAAUGACCAGAUUCAUUAAUCAAAUGACCAGUGUCCAGGUUAUCUGAAGACCGGUAUUCCACGUCGCUACAGCAUUCUCCAUGGGAUUAAUUCACAGCGUUGUUUGUGGACAUGGCUAGGACGUUUCUGGAACGUUAGCAAAAAUUCUAAGAAAUAGAACGUUGCCAAGACGUCCUCAGAACGCGAUCACAAAGUAAUGUCACGGUGACCAAAUGAAGACGAACUGGCGACGUUGUCAGAACGUACUGUGUUUGCUGGGGGGUUUGCGUGCUGUUUUUGAUGCAGUGAAUUAUUGGCUGCUGUUAGCACGAAACCAUAGUCACGAAACGUUUAGAAUGAAAAACGUACGUGUCAGGCUGUUAAAUCACACUUUUGCUGUUUUCAUGGUUUUCCUGUUUAACUUAUGGCAUGUUCAUAAUUUUGCAUAUUGCUGUGCAGUUCAUUGUUAAUAAGAUGAAUAAAUUGUGAAUAAAUAUCAUUGUUUA